UCCCAACACGACCGUUUUGUAUCAAAAUCUCUCUUCCCCUUCCUUCCCUAAAUAAAAUACCUUUUGCCUUUCACUCAACAGCAUAGGCUGCAUAGCGUAGCACCACUGAGCUAUUAAUUCUACCCCCGAACCUUGAGAAUUUUACAAUGAUGCACGCCAAGUCCGAUUCCGACGUGACUAGUCUGGAUCCAUCGUCGCCGAGGUCCCCAAAACGUGCCGUUUACUACGUGCAGAGCCCCUCCCGGGAUUCCCACGAUGGCGACAAAUCCUUGUCCAUGCAUCCCACUCCGGUCUCCAACAGCCCCGUGGAGAGCCCCUCCCACCCCUCCUACGGCCGCCACUCUCGCGCCUCCUCCGCCAGCCGAUUCUCUGGAACUUUCCGCUCCGGUGAUGGGCGUAAGGCCGGUCGGAAGAGAAACGACAAGGCGUGGCCCCAGUGCGACGUGAUCCAGGAGGAAGGGAACUACGACGAGUUCUAUGGGAUUCGUAGAGGGUUUUCCAGACGUUGCCAGGCUAUGGUUGCCGUGUUUGGGUUCUUCGCCAUUUUCAGCGUGUUUUGUCUGAUCCUUUGGGGUGCCAGUCGCCCUUACAAAGCUCGCGUCAGUGUCAAGAGCUUGACUGUGCAUAAUUUCUAUUUUGGGGAAGGAUCGGACUCAACGGGAGUCCCGACCAAGAUGCUGACAGUAAAUUGCUCAGUGAAGAUGAGUGUUUACAACCCAGCUACAUUUUUUGGCAUUCAUGUCAGCUCCGCUCCUGUCAAUCUUAUGUAUUCAGAAAUUGCAGUAGCGACCGGGCAGUUGAAAAAAUACUAUCAACCAAGAAAAAGCCGCCGGACAGUGACUGCGAACCUUCAAGGAAGCAAGGUUCCUCUAUAUGGGGCUGGGGGGAGCUUGGUUGCGUCUGAUAAUAAUGGAGAAGUUCCAAUGAUGCUAAACUUUGAAGUGAAAUCACAAGGGAAUGUGGUGGGGAGAUUGGUGAGGUCAAAACAUCGCAGGCAUGUCACCUGUUCCUUACUUAUCGAUUCUCAUAACAACAAACCCACCAAACUGAAAGAAAAUUCGUGUACAUAUGAUUGAGUUAUUUUGAGGUUUUAUUGGAAGCCGUAGAAACUACAAACAUCUAUGGAGGUGUAGUUUUAUUUCAUUGAUUUUGUUGCUCCUAACCCAGAGAAGAGAAGAAAACGUCUCAAUUUCUAUGUAAUGUUGUAAUAGCCAAAAUGAUAAUUUGGCCCUUCCCCUUGCCAUUAGGGCAGUAUGCAUGUUGAAAACCGAAAAGGUCGCAGUUAUUUAUGGAGAGCUUAUUAUGCUAAUGUUGUGAGCAAGAACGAGCGAAGUUCUUUGUUGUUUUUGUUUAUAUAUGGGACACUAUGGUAGCCGGAAAACUUAAAUUGAUAGGUCCUUCAGCAAUUUUUAUGUA